CUUCCGCGCGGCGCUAUGGCCGGGGCGCGGGCGGCGGCGCGGGCGGCGGGGCUGGUGCUGCUCUACUACGGCUUCUCCAUCGGCAUCACCUUCUACAACAAGUGGCUCAUGAAGAGCUUCGCCUUCCCGCUGUUCAUGACGCUGCUGCACCUGCUGGUCAUCUUCGCGCUCUCGGGGCUGGCCAGGCGCUGCUCCCGCCGCCGCCGCCCUCCCCACGCCGCCGCCGCCGCCGGGCGCGCCCUCUUGCCCUGGCCCGCCUACCUGCGCCAGGUGGGCCCCACAGCGCUGUCCACCGCCCUGGACGUGGGGCUGAGCAACUGGAGCUUCCUCUACAUCACCGUCUCCCUCUACACCAUGACCAAGUCCUCGGCUGUCCUCUUCAUCCUCCUCUUCUCGCUGAUCUUCAAGCUGGAGGAGCCGAGAGCCGCCCUGGUGCUGGUGGUCCUGCUCAUCGCUGGGGGCCUCUUCUUGUUCACCUACAAGUCCACCCAGUUUGAGGCCGAGGGCUUUGCCAUGGUGCUGGGCGCCUCCUUCCUGGGGGGCGUGCGCUGGACACGGACACAGAUCCUCCUGCAAAAGGAGGAGCUGGGACUCCAGAACCCCAUCGACACCAUGUUCCACCUGCAGCCGGCCAUGUUCCUCAGCCUCUUCCCCCUUUUUGCCGUGUUUGAAGGCCUGCCCUUGUCUGCCUCCGAGAAGCUGUUCCGUUUCCACGAGGAGCAGCUGCUGCUGGAGCUGCUGGGGAAGUUGGCGCUGGGAGGGGUGCUGGCCUUCGGGCUGGGCUUCUCCGAGUUUCUCCUGGUGUCCAGGACCUCCAGCCUCACCUUCUCCAUAUCGGGCAUCUUCAAGGAAGUCUUCACGCUGUUCCUGGCUGCUCGCCUGAUGGGAGACCAGCUCACUGUCCUGAACUGGCUGGGCUUUGCCGUUUGCCUGCUGGGCAUCUCCCUGCACGUGGCCCUGAAGGCCCUCGGGGGGUCAAAGGGCACCAAGCACCCCGAGGUGCCUGGCUCUGCUGCAGACCUGGAGCUUUUGCUGCUGCUGGAUUCCCAGGAGGAGGUGGAGGAGGAGGAGGAGGAGGAGGUGGCCGAGAACGCCCCCCUGUGCUGAGCCACCCCUGGGCCAGCUGGGAGGGCACCUGCUGGGGGGGGGGGUGGAUCGCUGGCAGGGGGGGGGGGGGUGGGGGAGGGGGGGGGGGGGGCAGCAGGGCUGCUUCUGGCCCUCCCCCAUCCUGGGCUGAGAGGGCGCCCUCUUUGGGCUCGCGGGGGCCUCGUGGCCCAGGCUGGUGGGCCAGAAGCCGAGGUCCAGGGCCUGCGUAGGCUGCAGCCACCUGCGCUGGGCACACCUUGCUGGCCGGCCCUUUGGCAGCACCUGCGGGUGGGAGGGGCGGCUGCUUGGAGACGCUUUGACGGGUCAGAAGUGCCCCCAAAGAGGGCGGCCUCCUGGGGGAGGGGACGCCUGGGCCAAGAGGCUCCUGAGGAGGAGGAGGAGGACUCUGGGA